CCUUCUGUCCAGCACAGUCAGGGAUUGUCCUCAAUUUGAGCCCAGGAACUUUCUGAACCCCAGCUCCUCCCUCAACCCCAGACUAUCAGCUCUGAUGCGAGACAGACGCUCAACAAAGAUGGCUGGCCGAAGGGCGCUCACUGAAAGGGUUAGUAGGGGUUAGCCUCCUUCUUGUCACUUGGAAAAUGAGUUGUUUGGAGAAAGGCAUUUGGUAGAAAAUACAAAGCUACAGAAGACAGGUAAUUAAAAGCCCUCACUCCAACCCCGGGAAGGUAAGCUCAGACAAACGGACUGCAGUAGUGGGGGGUGUCACUGGACCCAGCCUAAAGACCAGUUAACUUUCUCAGUGCUCUCCUCCCACGCACGCCUGCCUGGGAGAGGAGCCCAGGGUGCUGCUGAUCUCAGCAGCAGCCAGAUGACUGCGCCCAAAGCUCAGCCCCAGGCCUGUGCAGCCCGUUGUCAGCACCACCUCUCCCUGCCUCUCCGGGGCCCUCGGCAGUGUCCUCCCCGAUUCCUGCGGCCUCGCAUUCCACCAACACCAUCUCCACCCAACCUCAGCCAAAAGCUCACUGCAGGCCAUUCCUUUUUGCAACAUCAAAAUGUCUACUGAGACCAUGUGCUAGACCCUAGGACAUGAGGAUUUUAGAAAAUCCAAGUCCAUAAACUCAUAGGUAGUUUAUUAGAAAAUGGCACCCAGCGGGAUGUGAGCAGAGGCUCAGAGGGACCUGGGAGAUUCACUGAGAAACAAGGCACCAAGGGAGUCCUGUCCACCAUCCUCCAGGGCUCCAUCGUCUUGAAGAGGAGAUCAUCGGGGGCCAUGAGGCCAAGCCCCACUCCCGGCCCUACAUGGCAUUUGUUCAGUUUCUGGAUAAGGGCAAGAAGAGGAGGUGUGGCGGUGUCCUCGUGCACAAGUACUUUGUUCUGACGGCUGCUCACUGCUGGGGAAGCUCCGUCAAGGUCACCCUGGGGGCCCACAACAUCCAGAAACAGGAGAAGACCCAGCAGGUCAUCCCCGUGAAAACAGCCAUCCCCCACCCAGACUAUAAUCCGAAGAACUUUUCCAACGACAUCAUGUUACUGAAGCUGGAGAGAAGGGCCCAGCAGACUGCCGCUGUGAGGCCCCUCCGCCUGCCCGGGACCAAGAACCGGGUGAGGCCAGGACAGGUGUGCAGUGUGGCCGGCUGGGGGCGGGUCUCAAUGAGCACUUCAGCAACCACUCUGCAGGAGGUGUCUCUGGAAGUGCAGAGCGAUGGGCAGUGUGAAUCCCUCUUCCACGGCUAUUACAGUGGGGCCACCCAGCUUUGUGUAGGAGACCCGAAGAAGAUGAAGACCGGCUUCAAGGGGGACUCCGGGGGCCCCCUCGUGUGUAACAACGUGGUCCAGGGGACUUUCUCCUAUGGAAAACCGGAUGGGACCCCUCCAGGGGUCUUCAUGAAGGUCUCCCACUUCCUGCCCUGGAUUAAGAGAGCACUGAAGAGCCUUUGAAGCAGGCAUGAGACUGACCUCCCUCUGUGUUUGGCCAUCUUCUCUGGGGCAGAGGCAAGAAUCCCUUGGGGCUGGGGG